AUGCAGGCACUCAAGACCUUCUUCAACAACUCUCCCCUCUUCGAUCCUCGAUCCACCGUCUGGAUGCACGCUAUCCAGGUCGUGCUGAUAGUCGUCGCCGUCAUUCUCACUCUUGUACGGAUGACGAUGAAGGUCCCGACGACUCGAGCAAACACGAUGGCUUUGUCCAUGGGUAUGAAGUCGCUGGUCAUCAUCAGCUACGAGCUCUUGACCGAACGCGUGGCCAAGUUUCGGAGAUGGCACAGCCUCAAAGCAAAUGCAAUCCUCAACUCCCUCGAGGUCGUCUUCUGGGCCGCCGUCAUGUUCUUGAUCUUCAAAGCAAACUUGACUUCCUGCUCGGGCGCCAGCUGUGCCCUGAGCUGGGUCGUCGCUGUGCUGGCCUUGAUUCUGCAUAUGCUCUAUUUCCAAACCGCAGUCGUCGCUAUUCUGGACUUCCGUCAUUUCAAAAGAUGCGGCGAGCCUCGUUCAUCCAAGAAGGAAUCCAAGUCCGAGUCAGAUUCGGAGAUGCAGUCUGUGGGGGAUGUCAUGGUCAGAUAA